ACCCUGGCAGGCAGUGGGGUCUCCACCCAGUAUAGUCCUACUCUGCCCUUAGUGCAGGUCUACUAGUAGAGGCUAUUGUUACUUGAUUAAAGGAAAGACUUGAUUAAAGGGGUAUAGGCCCCUGUACAUUGCUUGAAAGAGUGUAGGUCCCAGCUUGCCUGACUUAAAGAGGUUAGCGUCCCUUGCAGCCUCCAGGGCUGCCAAGGAAAUGGAAAGCAGCUGCCUCAGGGUGCCUGGACUUGCAUUCCUCCUCUUGCUGGUUUUGCCCCCUCUGCUGCCAAGCAGUGGGGCAUACCAGCAGAGAGCCCCGACCUGGCUAGAUUUCCACCACCUCACUCGGGCCAGGAGAAGCCUCCCCAGCAACACCAACCAGGAUGGGGAGAGCACCCGCCAGGGCCACAGCCAGGACACCGGGUCCAGGGAGAGGCUGGCAGAUCACAAGAAAUCCUGCCAGAGCAAUCUUGACCUCUAUUUAAUCGUGGACAAGUCAGGAAGUGUGGACACCAACUGGAUAGUUAUAUACGGCUUCAUAGAGGAUUUCCUCAAAAUGUUUCAAAAUCCGAACAUGCGGGUCUCGAUCAUCACCUUCUCCACAAGGGGCCACACCGUCCUAAAGCUCACCUCGGACAAAAAAUUAAUCGAAGACGGUCUCAACAAACUACGCAACACAGUGCCUACCGGAGCCACAAACAUGCAGGAAGGAUUUAAAGCGGUCAAUGAGCAGAUCUCCACAGCAAACUCUGGAGAAAAGAAAGUGCACUCCAUGGUUGUCUCCCUAAUUGAUGGAGCACUUUGGCCAGAGUCCUUUCAGGCUACCAAGAAUGAAGCUCAGAGGACUCGACAACUGGGAGGGACUGUUUACGUUGUGGGUGUCAACAACUACUUGAAAAAUCAGCUCCUGGCAAUUGCAGACAGCGAGGAGCACGUGGUUGGUGUGGACAGUGGAUUCUAUGAUCUCAGGAACAUCGUUGACUCACUCGCAGCUAAGUCCUGCAUUGAGCUGACAAGUGUGGGACCGACAGAUUACUGUGUGGGAGAAAACUAUGAUGUAGGCAUCUUUGGAAGAGGCUUUCAUAACACCAAAAACAAAAAAGAAGUUCUUUGCAGAAUUCAAAUAAGUGACACCGUAUUUUUCGAUAAAAAAGCCACCCAGGUGGAAGACACCAGCAUAAAGUGUCCGGGAAUGAAGAUAGAGGUACCAGCCAACGAGAUCUCUGUUGAAGUGAGCCUGAACAACGGUGCCAGCUUCAUCAGCAACGGGCUCAAGAUCAGCAGCAAGGACUGUGGAGGUCACAGGACUGGCCAGACGAUGCGCAUCAGCCCCUCAGGGUUUCCGCCUACGCACAGCUCGUCUGUCAUCAGGCCCAUGAGGAAAGUCCUCAGGAGAAACACAGGGCUGGCCCAAGUACAGCAGCCACCUGACCUUUCCAAUGCGGCAGUGGCGGGUCCCGGAAAUCAAGGCUCACAGUUCCCCAACAUCAACCCUUACCACUUGGAUGCGUGCAUGCUGGUACUAAUACUGAUGAUAGGGUGCUUGUGGCUACUCCACUGCAGAAAGAACAAGAUGGUGGUGAGUUUUGUUUUGUUUCUGAUGCCCACACAGACCUGCACAAGGAAGCCUCCUGAGCUGUAGGAUAUCUCUAUUUCCCACCCCACCAUCUCCACCUACCUGGACAGAGAGAGCUGGCAGAAAGCAGGGUGACAGAGGGGCAGGGAGGGACAAGUGGGAGGACCUAGGACUCACAAAAUGGCAUCAGAGACACCCUCUCCAUGCUCCCAACGGUCUGAUCCAGAGCCUCCAUCACACUAUAAAUUGCAGUAGCUGUUGCAGCAAGUGCCAUGAUCCACAGUGACAUGACCAGGGCUUUCCUUUUGGUUUUGUGUGUCAGUUCCCAACGAUUGGUCAUUGGCUGGUCCUUCCCUGGGUUAAGUGAGCAGUUGGAAAGGGAAACUCAGGGUUCCAGUACUGGUCACCCCCCUGCAGUCUCUCAUCCUGUUGGGUUGCAUUUCUUUGGUUUUCCUGCCUGUCUCCUGGCUGGCUGGGAUUUGGCUGGGUUUGUCCUUUGGGCACUUAAGAGCUGAGGAGGGUGGAGGGAGUCAGUCCUCCCAUGAACUGUGAGGGAGGCCCAGGCCAGGUACACCUGGGACCAAGGGUCAGCUGAGCUGCCUGUGGCUCUCCCGGUUAAGGAAGCCCAAAUGGACCCAUAGAAUUUGCACAGCAGGGCCACUGUGACAUAUAACGGGGAGCGGUAGGAAGCAGGCCCCACUCAGACGCUGCCUUUGGUGCUGCUGCACUGUGGUCAGGGAGGCUGCAUCUGCCAGUACCAGGCCAAUCAGCCUCUGCUGAUGCUCCUCCCCAAUGUCCACCUUUAAAUUGUACAACCCCAAGACCAGGCCUCUCCAAAGGGCAGCUCAGAAACCCAGGUGGCCUGAGAAAAUUUGCUGUCCAUUUGGGGAAGGAUCUUCCUUGCA